AUGGCCAACAACUGCCCCGUCGUGGGCGCCGGGAACUGCCACCAACAGCAGCAGCAGCAGCACCAGCAGCAGUCGCCGCAGCAGCAGCAGCAGCCGCCUCUCCCGCUCCCGCAGGCCGGCGCCGUUUUGUCGCCUCCGCUGCCGCUGCAGAGCGCGGGGCCCAAGCCGGCGGCCUCGGGGAAGCAGGGUAACGUGCUGCCCCUGUGGGGGAACGAGAAGACCAUGAACCUGAACCCCAUGAUCCUCACCAACAUCCUCUCCUCGCCCUACUUCAAGGUGCAGCUUUACGAGCUCAAGACCUACCACGAGGUGGUCGACGAAAUCUUCUUCAAGGUUACACAUGUUGAGCCUUGGGAGAAAGGCAGCAGAAAAACAGCAGGCCAGACAGGGAUGUGCGGAGGGGUGCGUGGUGUUGGAACUGGAGGUAUAGUGUCUACAGCCUUUUGUCUGCUGUACAAGCUAUUUACCCUGAAGCUUACCCGUAAGCAAGUGAUGGGAUUAAUAACUCAUAUAGACUCCCCUUUUAUUAGGGCCCUUGGAUUCAUGUAUAUUAGGUACACACAGCCUCCAACUGAUUUAUGGGACUGGUUUGAACCCUUUCUUGAUGAUGAGGAGGACCUUGAUGUGAAAGCAGGUGGUGGCUGUGUCAUGACCAUUGGAGAAAUGCUGCGCUCUUUUCUAACUAAGCUGGAAUGGUUUUCUACGUUAUUUCCAAGGAUUCCUGUGCCAGUACAGAAGAACAUUGAUCAACAAAUUAAAGCCAGGCCUAGAAAAAUCAAGAAGGAUGGCAAGGAGGGAGUAGAAGAAGUAGACAGGCAUGCGGAACGUAGACGUUCAAGGUCUCCAAGAAGGUCCUUGAGCCCCAGGAGGUCACCUAGAAGAUCAAGAAGCAGAAGUCGUCAUCGUGAAGGCCGUGGGUCAUCCAGUUUUGAUAGAGAAUUGGAACGGGAGAGGGAGAGACAAAGACUAGAGCGAGAAGCUAAGGAGAGGCGAAGAUCUCGAAGUUCUGAUAGGGCAUUGGAGCGAAGACGAAGUAGAAGCCGAGAGAGGCACAGAAGUCGAAGUCGUGAUCGAAAAGGAGACAGAAGAGACAGGGAGAGGGAGAGGGAGAGGGAGAAAGAAAACGAACGUAGUAGAAGGAAGGAGCGUGACUAUGAGAAAGAGAGAGGUGUUGAAAGGGAAAGAGAGCGCUCUAGGGAGAGAGAUCGUUCUAGAGAAAAAUCAAAAGACAGAAAAGGCAAGAGUGAAAUCGAUGAGAGGAGACACAAAGAUGAAAAAGAUGAAAGGAAACAUAGGGAAGAUAAAAGAGAUUCCAAGAAAGAAAGGAAGCAUAGCAGGAGCCGAAGUAGGGACCGGAAGCAUAGGAGCAGAAGUGUGAGUAGGAAUGCUGGGAAGCACAGUAGAAGCAGGAGUAAAGAGAAGUCAAGUAAACACAAAAGUGACAGCAAAGAGAAAUCAAAUAAGCGAAGCAGAAGUGGAAGUGGAAGCAGAGGGAGAACUGAUAGUGCUGAAAAGUCCCGAAAACGAGACCUUAGUCCCAGUAAAGAAAGAUCACGAAAACGUAGCAAAAGCAAAGAACGUUCCCAUAAACACGAUCACAGUGAUAAGGACCACUCAGACAAACAUGAUCAUCAGAGGAGCCAAAGUACAGAACGAGAGAAUCAAGAAAAACAAUCUAAAAACAAAGAUGAGACUGUAUGAAUGUUCAGAAGUGGAUCACAUUGAAUCCUAUAAAUGUUUUGAAAUCUUGCUUAUUUUUUCUUACAGUUGAAAUUGUGCAGUAGUUGAUAAGCACUCUUCUUCAACCUCCCUCUAGGCUGCAGAUUGUCAUUUCCUAUUUUGAGUAGGGAAGUGCCUUUGUAAUCCCGUUAAAUGCGUUGACUAUUUCCAUCCCAUUUGUUUAGUUAAAUUCAUGAUGCGAAUCUGUUUGUGCAUUUUUUUAAUUGUUCAAAUGUUUCCAAAAUGUACAAUCUGUACAUACGUCCUGAAACUGUUCUAAUCCUUUUGGCAUGGUUUGCCAUGUUGGUUAAAUUUGUAUACGGCAAUAAAACUGCCACUAAUUCUACUUUGUUUUAUAGAUGUGGAAUUAUGGUUUCUAUCUUUGACUUAGCAUGGCUGUGCUUUGCAUAAUAGUAUGGCAGAAGCUCUUAAGGGUGGAUCUUGAACGUGUAUUAUAUCUAAAAUAUUUAUGUGCAUUGAACAUCCAUGAAGGUUGCAGUUCUAGAACUUGUGUCCAUUUGUACCUCUUGUCCUGGGAAAGCAUUUAAAAUACAUUUUAUUUGUGAAACUAAAGAAAGUGUUGCAUUUAGAGUAGGCUUUUCAAGGAGGUAGCAAUUUAAGGCAGGGGUUUAGGCUUUCCUAAGGUUUAUGUUGUAGUCAGUGCUACCUCAUAGGGACACUGUUAAGAUUUAUAAGCCUAUCUACCAUCUCUACAUAGACUUUCUGGCUAGCUUUUAUUGCUCAUGUAAAUAUUAUUUCACUAUGAUAUCCCCAGGGUUUUCAUUAAAACUGUUGUGCCACUGCCCUGUGCUUUAUGAAGCAACCAUAGACUAACAAAAGGUGAAUGUGGCUGAAUCAGGGAGGAGACAGGAAGAUGAAAAAUAAGGUCAAGCAGCAAACUUCAGUUUCAAGCUUCCAAAUAAUUUUUUAUAAAUGAAAAGUAAAGCAUCUUCAUAUUGUUCUUUUUUAAAAUGCAUAAUGUGUCUCUUUUUUUUUUUUACAAAAACUGUGGUCAUUGCUUGAGAUGAAGAAUUUCUCUCAUGCAACAGAAAAACAAGAUAAUUUUUUCAAACACUGAUUACUUGUGAGAUAAUGUCAAAAUGCAGUAUUGAAAGAGAAAUCAUAUCACAACAGUUCAUUUCUGUUUGGUAGACUUGUUCUAGUGACCUGUAUAAGAAAUAUAAAAUCUCUGGAAUAAAGACUGGAUUAAUUUA